UCCUCAACCAAAAAUCGUUUCAUUUGUGAAACAUCAUCUCGUAGAAUCACACCGUCGCGGAAAUUUUUUCAAUUUUUCCCCAAUUUUUAAAUUUUUCUGAUAAUUGCGACAAGCAGCCCCCUUCAACAAUGAGAGCAAAAUUGAUUGUGUGAUUGUGAUUGUAAAAAAGUACAAAUACUAAAUUAAAAAAGGGGCAGAAAUGUGUUGGUGAAUACCGAAGGUGUUAUUUAAUAAAAAUAAAAGGAAAUAAGAAAAUCGAUAGGCGUCUAAAAAAAGUAAAUUGCUUUGUGGCAAAGAAAGGAGAAAGAUAAUUUUUCGAUUAUUUUUCGCAACAUUUUCUUAUUUUUUCAAAAUCGUUGAUGUUUGCUGUCUAUGUGUGUGUAAACCUUGGUCGUGCUUAAAAUUUACUUAAGAGAAAGUGAGCUGAAGCUAUUAACAUUAGAGAUUCAGUUUUGGGAUUUCUUUGAAAUAAAUGCAAGCGAGAAACUAUAUCCCCUGCCUCAGACACACAUACGAAAAGUGUAUCACCCACGACACACAUACGCCCACUCUCUUGUGCAGUGAAGUGAGUGAGUGAGCGUGCGAGCGAGCGAGCGGGGCGAACUUGCAAAAGGAUUAUAAUUGAAAGUCAAAAGUGCUGGCGAGGGAAAUGUUUUGAAGAAAAGCCGCCCCAAGGAAGCAAUCACUGGCAUUUGUGUAAGUAGCAAAACACGCACACACACGGUCUCCCCGCAUGCAAAUAACUUAAAAGCCUGGAGCAUUGAUGCUUUAAAGUCGGCAGUCAAUUGUUGGGUGCUUGGAAGAUGUGUAUUUGUCUUGAAAAACGAAAGCAGCAAGUGUAAAUUAGAAAGAAAAACAACUAUGGAUUCUUCAGUGAAUAAUUUUGACAAUCCUGGUGAUUGUCAGCCAAGGAAUCCCUCACCCAAGGUGGUGGUGGUGGUGGGCAAUGAAAACAACAGUCCUACGUUGAUGCAAGGUGGUCAGGAGGUGACGGCGACACAUAACAAAGGAGCCGCAAUCGAUACAACUGGCGGCGGUGGGAGUGAGGAAAGGCAGUCAUCUGCUUCAAUGCCUUUGGCCACAAAUAAAUUAAAAUCGCAGCAGACACAACAGCACCAUCAAUUUCGUGCACCACAACAAUUUGUUAAACACAAGAAAGCUUGCUCUUCCACCACCUCCUCCUCCUCCUCCUCCUGCUCGGCGUCAGCACCAACGACAACUGCCACAGCAAAUGCCUCAAGUUUCAAUAACAACAACAACAACAAUAAUAAAAAGAACAAAUGCUGGAACAAACGCCAAAACAGAACUGCCAAACAAAAUACAGGCGGAGGUGGUGGCGGCGGUGCAGGCGUUGGCUCCAACAACAACAACAAUACAAAUGCUGCCAGCAAUUCAUCUCCACCCGCAAACACUCACAACUCAUCGGCCGAGGAAAGUCAGGUCCUAUCCAAAGCCGAUGUGGAGAACAUACAAAACUUAAAAAAUCAAGUUGGUGGACACAGCUAUUAUCACAAUUAUCAGCAGCAUGCUCCGCAUUAUAAUAGCGGGGGAAGCGGAGGAUCCGCCAAUCCUCCCAAUGAAAGUCGCUUAAGUUUGGCCAUUUCCUCGGAUAAAUUGGGUUAUGGUCAUGGACAUUUGAAGCCCCAACAACAGCAAUUGCAUAAAAAGCCUUUACCCUCGCAUCGCGGAGGCCACAACAACCAUCACCAUCAUCAUAUCCUAUGUGCGGGUUCGGCUCACAAUAUGAUGGGCUCUGGUGGCAACAACAAUGUCGGCGUUGGUCCUGGCGCAGGAGGCAGCAACAUUAACUCGAAUAAUAUGUCAUGUUGUCACAUCAACGGUUGCGGCAGCCAUUCGGUCAAGGAUGGUCAGUCAUUGGGUAAUAACUCGACCGCUGGAAAUCCCACUGCCACUUUGCACUAUUGCUGCAUACGCUCGAAAUUCUUUUUGCCGGAUAAGAGGCCUCGCAAGGGUAACUUUAUUCCGCCCACAAAAUUUCUAUUGGGAGGCAAUAUUUCGGAUCCGCUUAAUCUAAGCUCUUUGCAAAACGAGGCGUCCAGUGUGUCGGCCAACAUUACGCCAGCCACUACGCCAAGGCAAUCCCCCAUAACUACUCCGCCCAAGGUGGAAGUGAUUAUACCGCCCAAUAUCCAUGAUCCCCUACAUCUGCUGGAUCCCGUUGACUCCAUGGAGUAUGAGAAGCAACUGACCUCGCCCAUGAAGAGAGGUGGCAUUUUGGGCCUCUCCACCAGUGGGAUAGGUGGAGCCAUAAUACUGGGCCUACGAGGCGGUCAAAAUCUUAAGGUGCACAAGCAUAGGCAUCGCAAGAACCGGAAGCCUAAGCGGAAACGCUACGACUCGUGCAACUCCACCACCAGCACUGUGGGCGAUGCGCUCGAUGACUUAACACCGAGUGCUUUGAUCAAUGCCUCGACCUCAACUGAAAAAGGUUUGUCGUCGAUGGCCAUGCUUUCUGUUUCUAUGGAUGGGGAAAACAAAUGUCACGACAUCAACGAUGGUUACAUUAGUAGUAGUGGUGUUGUUGGUGGUGGAAUUGAGGAUGCCGAAGAAGAUGAUAUGCACGCGAGUAAUGCAACUUCACCUCCUCUACCACAGCAGCAGCUGCUCUCACUUUCACACAACAUUGAUACAAAGGUCGCUGCUAUUAAUGUGGAUGUUAUAUCGCCACCGCUGCCAUCUCAGGAGCCCUUAACUGUUGAUAGCACUGUCACAACCAGCACCAGUUGUGGUGGUUUAGUGAGUGUGGGAGAGCUAAGAGAGCGCGCAUGUCGGGAUUUACGUUUGGACUUGGUUUCCACCACAGCCAGCAAUUCAUCGUGUGGAAAUUCCGUAGUUAGCAGCACAGGUGGUGCUUCUGGUGGACGAAAACGCAAAAUAAGCGAAAGCAGCAACUCUCAAAAGUCCAAGAAAUAUUUCCGCAAUGAUUCCAUGGACAAAAUUGUUAGCCCAGUGGUGCCCCAGCCGGGUGCCUGGAAGAGACCUCCUAGAACCACAGCCACCGGAGCAAGGAAAUCAAAUAGACGUUCCACUUCGAUAAGUGAAAAUGCGAUUACCGAUCUAAGUCCCAUAGAUGAAAUGGUUAAGGGUUUAGUAGAAGAUAUACCCCGAGAUGAUACCCCCGAUCCGAUGAGGGUUGACUCCACAUCUGAAAUUGGAGGAAUUGGCAGCCCAUUGAGUACAGCAUCGGGGGCAACCUCAAUUAAUGCAGGCGAAGCCGAGGCCAUGGGUGAUAUUACAAAUGAAACUGCAGACACUACCAAUGCACUGCAAUUGGCAGAAACUGUAAAGAAGGAAAUGCCCACAGUAAUGGCUGGCAAGAGAACUCCCAAACCCAAGUUCAGUGUAGAUGGCAAAAAAUAUCGGUAUGGAAACUACGACAGAUACGCAGGUUUAAGGCAUUUGAAUGAAUUCAUGGAUAUACGCCUGCAGGUAUUCUUGCAGUAUCCAGAGCUGUUCAAAAACAAAGACAUCUUGGACAUCGGUUGUAAUGUGGGUCAUAUGACCAUAUCUGUGGCCAGAAAACUGGCGCCAAAAUCUAUUUUGGGCAUAGACAUAGACAAAGAAUUGAUAUCGAGAGCUCGACGCAAUUUGGCCAUGUAUGUGCGCAUACCGGCUGAAGUAUGGAAAAAGGAGAAUGUCGAGUCGGAAGAAUCAAAAGAUAACAAAAAUGUGAAGAUUAAGAGUGGUAGGCGAAGGCGUAAGAAGAAAAAGAACCAUGUGGAGGGUGGCAAUCAACAAGCGAAUAACUUAACCAAUUGGCAACAAUUCCACCAUCACCAUUAUCUACAUUACCACCAUCAUCUACCGCAUCACCAUCACCAUCAUCACCACCAUCAUCAUCAUCCGCAUCAGCAUCACCACCACCAUCAUGGCCAUCAUGGUGAAGUGGUGCCAGCAGCAGAACCAAAAGCCACCAACAUUGAUGCAUCCGAAUUCUUUCCCAUAUCAUUUCCAUUGAGCUAUGGCGGCAUCACCCAGCCAACAGCAGCAAAAUUGACUAGUCCCCAAAAUCUAGAAUCUCAAUCCCCUGCCUCCAGCAGUACAACCACACGAAGUACACCAGGCCAUCCGGGUACCUCUAGUGGGGCUGCUAACAAGGCCAAUGCCAAUAGCUCUGCGGGCACAGUUAAGCUACCUACAGGGAAGAGUAAAAAUGAUUUCCCUCUGAAUGUUUUCUUUCGUCAGACGAAUUAUGUGCUCAAAGAUGAAAAUCUUUUGGCCAAUGACACACAGCAAUAUGAUCUCAUAUUAUGCCUAUCGGUCACCAAAUGGAUCCAUUUGAAUUUUGGCGAUACCGGGCUGAAGUCGGCCUUCAAGCGAAUGUUCAACCAGUUAAGACCCGGUGGCAAACUCAUACUCGAAGCACAGAAUUGGGCUAGUUAUAAGAAAAAGAAGAAUUUGACGGAAGAAGUCUACAACAAUUAUAACAACAUUGAAUUUUUCCCCAACAAAUUUCAUGAGUACUUGUUGAGUUCCGAGGUGGGUUUUAGCCACAGCUAUACCUUGGGUAUACCCAAACAUCUAAGUAAGGGUUUUAGCAGGCCUAUACAGCUUUAUGCCAAAGGUGAUUACACUCCCAACCAUGUGCGCUGGUCAGAUGCCUAUUAUCCGCAAACGCCGUUUGAGGCAUAUCGUGGCAUCUAUGCCACCAUGCCUCCUCGACCUACGGGCAUGCAGUCGUCAUAUCCUUUGAUAUCUUCAUCUCGAUCACAAAACUAUGACACACCGCAAUAUGCGGGCGGUGGUUCGGGACCAUACAGUUGUCGUCAGACACCCAUGCAUCAGCCCUCCACAUCCCAAUACUACAAUCCCUUGGAGUCUGAUUCGUAUCAGCCUUCCUAUGAUAUGGAGUACUUGAAUCACAUGUAUGUGUUUGCCUCGCCAUUAUACCAAACGGUGUGGUCGCCACCCACAAGCAUGCGCAAGAGUUCAUCACACACCCCCGUAUUUGGUAGUGUAAGGGAUGCCGAAUUGGAAGGAGACGGCAAUGCCAUGCCUGGAGGCAAUUACCAUCGGCAUGUCUAUCCGCCCAACGAUGAGAUCUCAUCGCCCAAUGCUAACUCGGGAAAUGCUUUCAAUUCCAUACGUGAUCCAGACACCGACGAUUCCAAUCAACAAAGGCCGCAUGUUUAUGCCACCAACUGUGAAAGUUCAUCCUCGCCGCACCCACACAACUUGAAUCCAAGCGAUACGGAAAAUGUCGACGAAAGUCUCAUUAUGGACGAGGAGAGUCGGACAAAUUGUUGUGAUUUAAACGAAGCUUAAUAUUAGUAAAGCGAUGGUGGCCGAUAUCACUAAAGGGAUGUGGCCGAUGUUCGGCCUUACUUACCUCCCCUCCCAGUAUGUUCUCACAGAGUUUUGAUCAAAAGAAGACAACAUUCUCAAUGUGACACCAAUUACAAAGCAAUGACAAAACGAGAAUGUGUGAAAAAGAAAGAUAUAUAAAAAGUUGAAAACGCUUA